CCCCAGCCCCGGCCCAGUAGCUGACGUAAAGAUGAGCAGCUCAGAGGAAGUAUCAUGGAUCUCAUGGUUCUGUGGGCUUCGUGGCAAUGAGUUCUUCUGCAAGGUGGAUAAAGACUAUAUCCAAGACAAGUUCAACCUCACAGGGCUCAAUGAACAGGUGCCCCACUAUAGGCAGGCACUAGACAUGAUCCUCGACUUGGAACCUGAUAAGGAGUUGGAGGACAACCCCAACCAGAGUGACCUGAUCGAGCAAGCAGCCGAGAUGCUGUAUGGACUGAUUCAUGCCCGCUACGUCCUCACAAACCGUGGCAUCGCCCAGAUGUUGGAAAAAUACCAGCAGGGAGACUUUGGCUAUUGUCCCCGUGUAUAUUGUGAAAACCAGCCCAUGUUGCCCAUUGGACUGUCAGACAUACCAGGUGAGGCCAUGGUGAAGCUGUACUGCCCCAAGUGCAUGGAUGUUUACACCCCCAAGUCGUCCAGGCACCACCACACAGAUGGUGCUUACUUUGGCACUGGCUUUCCUCACAUGCUCUUCAUGGUGCAUUCUGAGUACAGGCCCAAACGGCCUGCCAACCAAUUUGUGCCCAGGCUGUAUGGCUUCAAGAUCCACCCUAUGGCCUACCAACUGCAGCUUCAGGCAGCCAGCAACUUCAAGAGCCCUGUCAAGACCAUCCGCUGACUUGUCUUCUCC